AUGACAACACGGCGAUUUUCAGUGAGCGACACUGUGGUUUCUUUUCCGGACGCGAGAAGUCGGGAAGCAACAGCUCAACGUACGGAUUCGAGAGAGCUACACUAUUUCAGACUCCUGUGCAACGUGCAGGACUCCUCUGAUUUGAUGGUUUUUGAGCCUCACUCUGCGCUCUGCCACUGCGCAACCGGUGAUCUGCGCGCCCGUGCUUGUCCCUUUCACUCGCGCAUAAGAACCUCUGAAUGGUCUCUCCGACAACCUCUCCCGCAGCUAUAUUGA